CUGGGUGUUUCCUGCCUCUUUCAGCCCGGGUUUGGAGACUCCGGCGUCCUCCGACUUUUCAUGGAAGAGAUGUCAGGAGAAAGUGUGGUGAGCUCAGCGGUGCCAGCGGCUGCUACCCGCACCACUUCCUUCAAGGGCACGAGCCCCAGCUCCAAGUAUGUGAAGCUGAACGUGGGUGGCGCUCUCUACUACACCACCAUGCAGACGCUGACCAAGCAGGACACCAUGCUGAAAGCCAUGUUCAGUGGGCGGAUGGAAGUGCUCACCGACAGUGAAGGCUGGAUCCUCAUUGACCGCUGUGGGAAGCACUUUGGUACGAUACUCAACUACCUUCGUGACGGGGCGGUCCCCUUGCCCGAGAGCCGCCGAGAGAUCGAGGAGCUGCUGGCAGAGGCCAAGUACUACCUGGUCCAGGGCCUGGUGGAGGAGUGCCAAGCAGCUCUGCAAAACAAAGAUGCUUAUGAGCCUUUCUGCAAAGUUCCUGUUAUCACCUCAUCCAAAGAAGAACAGAAACUUAUAGCGACUUCAAAUAAGCCAGCCGUGAAGUUACUCUACAACAGAAGUAACAACAAAUACUCGUAUACCAGCAACUCGGACGACAAUAUGUUGAAAAACAUUGAACUGUUUGAUAAGCUCUCUCUGCGCUUUAACGGAAGGGUCCUAUUCAUAAAGGAUGUCAUUGGGGACGAAAUCUGCUGCUGGUCCUUUUAUGGUCAGGGCCGAAAGAUUGCCGAAGUCUGUUGUACCUCCAUCGUCUAUGCCACUGAGAAGAAACAGACCAAGGUGGAGUUCCCCGAAGCCCGGAUUUAUGAGGAGACCCUGAAUAUUUUGCUGUAUGAGGCCCAGGAUGGCCGGGGACCGGACAAUGCACUCCUGGAGGCCACAGGUGGGGCGGCUGGGCGCUCCCACCACCUGGAUGAAGAUGAGGAGCGGGAGCGGGAGCGAAUCGAGCGUGUUAGACGGAUCCACAUCAAGCGGCCUGACGACCGUGCCCACCUCCACCAGUGAGCAGGCAAGCGGACCCGAGCCCUCCUCCUGCCCCUCUCCCUGCUCUACACCCAGAUCCUGUGCAGACUCCCGGGCACCUUCCACUUCCCCUGGAGAUACUUUUGUAACAAGCCAGAUUAUUAUUUUGAUAUUACUCGACAAGGUGAAUUGAUUUUUACCCAGGUAUUCGAAUGCUCCCGUGACGUUGACAAGCUGUAUCCAAGGGCUCUACUUUCUCUGAGAAUCUCAGGAGCCUUGGGGCCAGGCUUGCUGGGUUCUCAAAGGAAAAGUAUGAAUGGGUAUGACGUGCACGUGAGGACUUUUGUUUGCAGUAUUUAUUUUUGUGGAUGUUGACUACCUGUUUGAGCUUCUUGGGUGGCGUUGCCUUUGGGGUUCAGUUUGACAGCUCUGAGAGGGAUCCGGCCACUGGGGUGUCUUCAGGCUCCAUAGUUCAUAAUCUUCUCCGCCCGGCACGCUGGCUGGUUCCCGUGCACUCUGCCGGGCACACUUCCCGACGGCUUUGCUAGCGGCCCGCUCUGCAGCAGGGUUCAUGCCUCGAGCCCACGGGAAAGAGCUGCAGCUCGUGCCUCUAAUGGUGGCUCCUUGUGUAGCUCUGGAUGCUUCGGUCGUUUAGGGGCAAGCCUGUUGCUUGCCCUGGCUGGUCUGAUGCUUGUUGGGCCCCCACACUUCUAGCUAAGGGCAGAGUUGUCCCUGGUCGUGAGUGCUCAGCCGUUCCUGCCCCUCCAGUUGCCCUUGUUGACAAACUGCAUUCCAGGAAGGCUGUCUGGCCUGGGGCAGGCGUAGCUCACAAACCCAGGGAUCCAUUCCUUCCCUGUGAAGCUGGGCUUAUUGCUGCAAGCAGGUGCCCUGCCCUUUGCUUAGAAAUUCAGUGUGGCCCCAGACUGUCCUCCCAGCCUGGCAUCCAUGCAGGACCACCGCUCACAUCAGCAGUCUUGGGGCAGCCUCCCUGCUGUAAAUGUAGCCAUCACCUGGAGAUCCCUUUGGUGUCUUUGCCUCUGAUUUUGAUACAGUAUAGAGUGAGAAGAUGUACAGAUCCGUUUGGGUCCAGUUAGUGUACGUGUUUGUGUUGUUUGAGGGACGUGUGCGACUGUGGACGGGGAUGUGUGCUUUCGGUUACCUACCUCCCAGCCUCCUCUGCGCCUGUCACGGGACAGAAGUGAGAUGUGUCUGAUGUGGGUGGUUGAGACUAGACUAGGUAGAGUAGUUACACGGUGAUAGGAAUGGAAGGUAAUGGAAGGGUAUUGUCUGCUUUUCAAGGGAAACGUUACUGUUUUAUACCAAAGGUAGUAUUAACAUGGGCAACCGCUGACACAGUAUAUUCCAAAAAAAACGAGUUUAUAUUUUGAAAUGGUUUUUACAGCUUCGACUUUGUACGUGCUGCCCUACAUACGACAGUUGUAUGCCUUUAUUUUGUAUCCAGCAGCAAAGCCUCCAGUAAACCUUUAAAACAAUCAUGACGGAAUCCAAAAAUCAAGUAGUGGGUAGAUGCUCUUUAAACUGCUGUGUGGGAAACUUUUAUAGGAGGCCAUUUGGAUUUUAUUAAGUGCUAAGGAAAGGGAGGGGGCUUAAAAAUAUUUCUUAACUAUUUUAUACUGUUUGGGUUGAACUUUUCUAGAAAGUCUAAGUGAAUGUUAGUUCUGAUGUUUCCUGUAGGAAUGGAAAAGCCAUUAAAUACAUUGUUUUUAAAUGUUUACACGAAGAGUACGUUUGUGGACCAGUCUGACUGGUUUGGGCUUCUACACCUUAUGUCGUGUUUCUGGCAGCCUCUCUGCUUUCGCUUUUCCUCCAACCUUCACUUGUGGGUUUGAGUCUGCUCCCCUGGGAUCUGAGAGGUCCCCAGAGCAUUCCAGGUCACUGCUGCGUCUAGCCAGGAGCUGGCAGCGUCCACGCGGAGCUGGCGUUCUCGUGCUGGCACCGAGGGCACCAGUCAGUCUUACACGUAGGAGCCAUCCACAGAAGAGUAACAUUUUAUUACAUCGUCAUUUACAAUGCAAAUAGAACGGCUGUUGGUCCACCUAUGCCCGAGACAGUCCCUGGCAGAGCCUCCUCGCCCUCCUGCAGUGCUUAGCAGGUUGGUCGCUGUGCGGGCACCUUUCAGCAGCUAUUCAGGACCCAAGUGUGAACACUCAGCCUGACUCUUAAAUGUGUGCUCUCUACACAGCUCGGUCACUAACCUUUCUGUUCUUUGUGCUAUGAAAAAAAUAUGCUGUAAACUUUAGAAGUAGUCACUGUGUGUUGUAUGAGCAUUUGUGGACAUAUGUAAAAUAAAAGUCAUAUAAUGCUUCUACUUAAGUCUGCUUUCUGGGUCUUUUCAGAA